GACCUACCAAUACAGGUUCAACAGGUCAUAUGACACUAUUGAGCACUCGGUCCGGGCUUAGUGUAUAUAACUGGAGCAUCAUUGCCAACUAGUUUCAGUCGUACGGGGACCCUCAUUCAAGACAGUUUAACUUGACCAUUUGCUGGAAUACUCAAAGAAAAUGCUUUUAAUUUUAAUUGUAAUGAGUAGCAUUCUGGCUGCUCAUUCUGAAUCUGUGGAAGAGGUCUUUAAAUCGCACGGUGUUGUCCCGGAUGUAAUAGCAGAAGCACCAAACCAGUUUCUACAGGUUACUUAUGCCAAUGGUCUGAUUGUCAAGGAUGGCAUUGAGCUAACACCUACACAAGUGCAGGAUAAACCUAAAGUUGAAUGGGAAGCCGAACCAGAUUCGUUCUACACUUUGCUGCUGACCGACCCGGAUGCUCCAAGCCGCAAAGAGCCAAAGUUCCGUGAAUGGCAUCAUUGGCUGGUCGGAAAUAUUCCUGGCAAUCAAAUUGAAAAAGGCGAAGAACUAAGCGGCUAUGUGGGCGCUGGACCGCCACAAGGAACUGACCUGCAUCGCUAUGUCUUCCUUUUGUUCAAGCAGCCUAAGAAGUUAUCCUUCGAUGAGCCACGUAUACCAAAGACAAGUGCAGAUAAAAGAGAAAAAUUCAGUACUCUUAGUUUUGUGAACAAAUAUCAUUUGGGCAAUCCUGUGGCUGGUAACUUUUUCCAGGCACAAUACGAUGAUUAUGUUCCUUUGCUUUAUAAGCAAUUAUCUGGCAAUUAAAUAACUAAGUUAAUGUUUGAUAAUUUACUAAUUAUAAUGUAUAUUAAAAUGCCCAAGUUACCAUUAAAAUUGUUACUCAACUGUGACAGAAACAAAGGCAAA